AGAGAAGCUAUUCUUUUCAACAACUCAGCGUCUCCCUUCAUGGUCGUUGUCAUAUCUGGUCGCUGUCAGCUGAUGACAAAUCUGCGAAUGCCCAGGAGGCAGCCUGGUGGACAAUGUCAGGAGCUCCAGCAGAACCUCAUGUGUCCCCUAGAGGAACCCCCACUGCUGCCCCCUGCUGGGGAAAUGAGGAGCCACCAAGGAAAGCCUUCUCACAGUAAGCACAGGCCGGUGUCUUCCCUUUGUGUCUUUCGUCCCGAGUCCCAGGGAGGCUCAAGAGACACAUACCUGACGAAAGGCAGACCCGUGACGGCAGCGGCGUCGCUGGGCGGCAGGUCUCUGCGGAGGGCAGUGUGUGACACCGCACACGGGGGCAACAGUAAAAGGCAUUCAAACUCUCACGUGGGAAGAGCUGAGCAGGUAUCAUCACGAAAUGCACACACGUCAUCAGUUUUGUUUCUGAGAAUGGGGAUUUUGGAGCAUGGAGACAUCUUGGUAUCUCCCGAAUGGCUGGGCAGCGAAAGCAGUUUAAGUCUGAACCUGAUGAGCGAGGGCACGGAGUGCAUCUUCAUCCCUGUGAAGCUGUUUUUGAAGGGGGCCCCUGCCAGGUCUCUGCACUCAGCCCUGCGGCUGGUAAACAGCUACCCUACAGAGAGCAUGAUUAGGGAAGGAUAUGCUGUUCAACAGGCUUGGAGCAUCUACAAAGCCAAACUUGUCAGGCACAGGCUACACCACGCUGCAAGGAGCCAAUCUGUGUCCGGCAAAUGAUCAACACUGUUACUGAAAUAAUCAGAUUUCUCAUUUUGAUUCCCGAGGUUGCCAAGCUUUUAAAGUGUAUGAGUUUCACGUGUGUUUUUUAAAGAAAAUCACUUCUUGACAUAAUAUUAAAAAAGAUCAUAUGGCCAAAACAUAGUAUUAACUUUUCGCUUCUUUCUCCUUUGUCUUUAUUUUUGUUCCUUUUUUAUAUGCUGAAUAUAGUCAUUUCUGGGUUACAGCUCCUUUUUUGCUGCUAAGAAAUGUGCACCUCUUUUUUGUAACUCUAAAUGAACCGCGGAGAAGUAAAACUGUAGAAUUAGGGAUACAGCUUUGCUACGCAUUACUCAAAUUAGAAUGAAGUAUAUUUCUCUGAUAUUGACUCCAGUAAUAUGGCAGUGCUUUGGAAUUAUGCAUGCUGCUUCA